AACUCAGGUGUCACCGUGUGAAGUCCCUCGAUACGUUCUCCCUGGCCUGAGUCAGGGAUAAUUAACUCAUUUAGACGACCUGAAAGUUUCCGAAUCCACCUCAAACAACGUUAUCUACCAUUUUUUGGGUUCAGACCAUAUUCAGAGUCCGCUUCAACACAUACCUUCGGGCUUCAUCGGGUAAGAGCGGUGUAAACGGUGGCAGGCGCACGGCACCUCAUGUAUAUACACCUUCUUCUUGACCUCUCUCCUUCUACCCUACAUGAUCAUCAACCACAUCAAACACAGCACGAACAGCGUCUACUUCUCUCCUAUUAUUUGACAAGCUUAGCUUCAAAACAAUGGAGGAUACUCGCGAUGAUGGAAACUCUGUAUGUCCAUUCGCAUCGCAUCCUGCUUACUUUCUAGACACCUACUGACGGAGGCCAAGUCGUACCGAACUCUUCGGUCUAGAAGAAUCCCCGUUGCCUCGCCCACAAGUCUAUCUCCCGAAGAGAAAACACCUCCACGACCGCACGUACAUAAACGUCGUCGCCUUGACGCCUAUGACGGCAGCUUGACAUCUGAUUUUGAUGCGCGGACGACUUCCACGAAUUUCAUGUCUCUUCCGCGCGAGCUCCGCGACGAGAUCUAUACGUGGGCCCUCAUACCCAGUAUGAAACGCGGGGCGGAACAUGAAGAUGUUGUUGAGGACGGCAACGGGACGAUCAGUUUCCAUCAACAUCUAAACGGAGGGAAAUACGAGCACUUCAAGAUAACGGAGGCCGUCAACGAAUUCCGGGACCGACAAGGCAUGGGCCUGUUCGGCACAAAUAAGCAGCUGAAAGAGGAGGUCGAGGAGGUCUUCUUCAAGAGAAACAGCUUUUUGAUCCCCUUCUCAAGAUCUGCGAAAGAUCUGCCUAGGAACACCUCUCUACUCGACUUUCAUAGGAUGUUUUCUUCCGCUGCAUUCACCUUGAUACGGCGUCUCGAGAUGUCUUUAUCAAAUUAUGACGUUCUCUUUGAUUCUAGCGCGUCUAACCGUAGGCGACACUGGCAAGCCCAAAUCCUUGACAAUCACCGUUAUCACGACUGGGCGCCAGCGAUGGAAGCGGAGCUUCGGUGCCUUGAAGAAGCAGAUCCCCAGUACAAGAUAAACUACGAUCGUAUCUGCAGUACAACAACAAAAGAAGUCUCGGACAAAGACCUCCAGCUCUUCGCCACAUGGGUCCAAAAGCUCAAAUUCGUCUUCAAGAUGCCUUCGCUGCAGGAACUCAAGCUCGACAUAUUCGAAUGCCGUUGGACCAGGCACUGGGAUUGGGACGUUGAGCAGAAGCCAGCAAUUUCAGCAAGAGAUGCGGCCCUCGAAGCAUUGCUCGCCAGCAUGCGCGAUCGGAAAAAGAGCGAACUGCAAAGCGUCUUGGUGGUCACCGUCGAAGGGGCCAACCAUUGGGGUCUGGAUAGUAGUGUCCUCAACACUGCACCAGGUUGGGUUUCAGUUGCGAAUGCAGUAGUAUGGACAACAUGUAAGGGAAAGGUCGAUCGGGGGAGCACUGCAGACUGCGAUAUCAACUACUCGGCCGAUGAGCGCUGGGGUUCGUCGAAGAAUAAGACCAAAGAGGGUUGAUGUCCAUUCAUAGUAAAAUGACUUGGGGGCCGAAGAGGUUGAGAGCACAUGGCGGUUCGGUGGAUAGGCUGACUAGUUCUUGAGAAGAACGGCGUAUUGAUUUAUGUGGUGAUUGUUCAACGCACACUUUCUUCCCAUCUUUGAAGUGCUUUGACAUGU